AUGCCGUGGAAGGAGAACCUAGCUGCGCGGCUUAUAUGCCCGGAGUGUAAGGAGAAUCCUCCUAAUCUAGUCCCCGAGAGCCACGAAACCAUAUGCGGCUCCUGUGGCCUCGUCUUGGCUGAUAGGGAAAUUGACCCUCACUCAGAGUGGCGUACUUUCUCAAAUGAUGAUCAGAAUAAUGAUGACCCUUCUCGUGUCGGUGACGCUUCUAACCCUCUGCUUAACGGCAACCAGCUCGAGACGCAGAUUUCGUUUGGUACGGGUGGAGCUCGCAGCAGAGAGCUUCAUCGUGCCCAAAGCAAGAUGUCCACAGAGAAAACAAACAAGGCCUUGCUUGCUGCCUAUAAGGAGAUAGGCUCCUUGUGUGAUGGGUUUAACAUUCAAAAGAACGUUGCAGAUACGGCAAAAUACCUGUUCAAAAUCGUUGAUGAUGCGAAAGCAUUCAAGGGGAAAUCCCAAGAUGUUAUUAUAGCCGGUUGCAUCUUCAUUGCCUGUCGGCAGUGCAAGGUUCCGCGGACAUUUACUGAAAUAUUCGCUGUCACAAGAGUUUCAAAGAAGGAAAUCGGCAGGAUUUACAAGGCUCUGGAGAAGUUCUUCACAGCUCAGAACCUUGAGCGCAUCAACUCUGUGGUCUCAAGUGGAGGCGUUCCUGACCCCAACGACGCAUACACUGGAACUACAUCUACUAAGCCAAGUGAUCUCUGCAACCGAUUCUGCAAUCUUCUUGACCUCCCCUUCCAGGUUACGAACGUUUCGUCCCUACUCGCGGACAGAGUCACUUCCAUGGGCGAUCUCGCUGGCCGCUCACCACUUUCCAUUGUCGCUGCUUCCAUAUACAUGGCUUCCUUCUUAAUGGGCCAUGGGAAGUCGGCCAAGGAGAUUUCCGGUGUUGCCCAUGUUAGUGACGGUACUAUCCGCGGCGCUUAUAAACAGCUUUACGCUGAACGAGAGAGAUUGAUUGAUCCUGCUUGGAUUAAGGAUGGAAAGGGUGACAUGAGCAAACUUCCUAUUAGCUGA